AUGAUCCAUGCAGUAUUGAUAUUUAAUAAGAAAUGUCAACCAAGAUUAAUUAAAUUUUAUACUCCUGUUGAUUUGCCAAAGCAAAAAUUAUUAUUGGAACAAGUUUAUGAUUUGAUAUCUCAACGUAAUAGCGAUUUACAAUGCUCAUUUUUGGUAACUCCUCCUUCUCUAUUGUUGAAUCAGGAUGAUGAUAAUUCAGAUGAAGGUAUUCAAAUUAUUUACAAGAACUAUGCAACAUUGUAUUUUACCUUUAUUGUAGAUGAUCAAGAAUCCGAAUUAGCUAUAUUAGAUUUGAUACAAACUUUUGUUGAAUCUUUGGAUAGAUGUUUCACAGAGGUUAGUGAAUUGGAUUUAAUUUUCAACUGGCAAACAUUAGAGAGUGUUUUGGAAGAAAUUAUUCAGGGCGGUAUGGUUAUCGAAACUAAUGUAAAUAAGAUUGUAAGUUGUGUUGAUGAAUUAAAUAGAGUAUCAGAGUCAUCUGAAUCCACAGGGAGCAUGUUUGCCAACUCAGCUAUCGGAAAUGCUUUCCAAGCCUUUACACAAAGAGGUUUUUCUGGUUGGGCUUCAGGACAAUAG